AUGGAUAUUCCACAGAUCGAAAAACUGGCUUACCAUCCUCCAGUUUGGAAUGACGAACAAGAACGAGUUCUUAGAGGCCCAUUUGACUACCUGGCGUCAAGUCCAGGCAAGAAUUUCCGAUCGGAGCUGAUCCAGAUCUUCAACUCCUUUUACAGACUACCAGAAGCUCAAAUCCACGUUAUUUCGAAGCUUGUUGAGAUUCUGCAUACUUCAAGUCUAUUGGUGGACGAUAUCGAGGACAACUCGGAAUGGAGACGUGGAUUAAAAGCAUCGCAUUUGGUUUACGGGACUCCCAUGACCAUUAAUACAGCCAAUUACAUGUAUUUUUACGCAAUGGAGUGUUUGAAAGAAUUGGCGCAAGACUCAGAAACGGGAUUGUUGAAUCAACUACUCAUAAUCUUCAACGAGGAAAUGUUGAACCUACACCGGGGCCAGGGCCUCGACAUUUACUGGAGAGACGAGCUCGUAGUGCCAGACGAACGCCAGUAUCUGAAUAUGGUAAUGAACAAGACAGGCGGACUCUUCAGACUAACAAUACGGCUUAUGGAGGCGUUUUCGACGGAGUUCAACGGUAGCGACUCUUUGGUGCCACUCAGUAACCUUUUGGGCAUCCUCUACCAGAUGAGAGACGACUUCAUGAAUCUCCAAGACGCAACAAUGAUCAAAAAUAAAGGCUUUGCGGAAGACAUCUCCGAAGGUAAGCUAUCUUAUCCCAUAAUUCACGGCAUACGGCACGGAAAACUGUCAGGAGACACGAUCGUGUUAGAUAUACUCAAAACUCGUACGCAGGACGUCGAGCUUAAGCGAAAACUGGUAAGCUAUCUGGAAAAUACUAGCGGCUCGAUGGCUUACACGCGUGAGAAUAUUCUAAGAGUAGGAGCCUUAAUUGAGGAGCGGUUUUUAUCGUCGAUUCAAAAACGCGGCUACGACACUGCGGCAUUGUUGGCAGCGGUAGGUCAUCUGUGUGCUAUUUGA